AGCGGCGGCGCGAGGCGACGGCGGCAGCGGGGCCGGGGAACCCUAAGGACCUUGCAAUAUGAAUAAUUCUCUGGAGAACACCAUUUCCUUUGAAGAAUACAUCCGUGUGAAGGCGCGAACGAUCCCCCAGCACAGGAUGAAGGAGUUUCUGGACUCCCUUGCUUCUAAGGGGCCGGAAGCUCUGCAGGAGUUUCAGCAGACGGCCACCACCACAAUGGUGUAUCAGCAGGGUGGCAACUGCAUUUACACGGACAGCACAGAGGUGGCUGGGUCUUUGCUUGAACUUGCUUGUCCUGUGACAACCAGUGUCCAGCAGCAAACUCAGCCAGAGCAGCAAAUACAGGUUCAGCAACCCCAGCAAGUCCAGGUUCAGGUCCAGGUCCAGCAGUCACCGCAGCAGGUCUCCGCCCAGCAGCUCUCUCCACAGCUCACUGUCCAUCAGGCUUCGGAGCAACCAAUACAGGUCCAAGUGCAGAUCCAAGGCCAGGCGCAGCAGCAGGCAUCCCAGACAAUACAGAGUCAAUCUCUUCAGAGCCCCAGCCCAUCUCAGCUGCAAGCAGCUCAAAUCCAAGUGCAGCAUGUGCAGACUGCCCAACAGAUCCAGGCUGCGGAAAUACAGGAGGAACACAUACAACACCAGCAGAUCCAGGCCCAGCUUGUGGCAGGACAGGCCAUUACCGGUGGCCAGCAGAUACAGAUCCAAACAGUUGGGGCACUGUCACCUCCACCUUCUCAACAAGGCUCUCCACGAGAGGGAGAGCGGCGGAUCAGCACUGCUAGUGUCCUUCAGCCGGUGAAGAAACGUAAAGUGGAUAUGCCUAUUACUGUAUCGUAUGCUAUUUCAGGGCAGCCAGUUGCCACAGUGCUGGCCAUUCCUCAGGGCCAGCAGCAAAGUUAUGUCUCUUUAAGGCCAGACUUGUUAACAGUGGACAGUGCCCACCUGUACAGUGCCACUGGGACCAUUACUAGCCCCACUGGAGAGACUUGGACCAUCCCUGUUUACUCUGCUCAGCCACGUGGUGACCUUCAGCAGCAAAACAUAACCCACAUCGCCAUCCCUCAGGAGGCCUACAAUGCUGUCCAUGUUAGUGGCUCGCCAACAACACUGGCUACCGUGAAGCUGGAAGAUGACAAGGAUAAGAUGGUGGGAAGUACUUCAGUAGUGAAGAACUCUCACGAGGAAGUGGUGCAGACUCUUGCUAAUUCGCUCUUUCCAGCGCAGUUUAUGAAUGGCAACAUCCACAUUCCAGUGGCAGUGCAGGCUGUGGCAGGGACAUACCAGAAUACAGCACAGACAGUGCACAUAUGGGACCCGCAGCAGCAACAGCAGCAGCCCACACCCCAAGAGCAGGGGCAGCAGCAGCAGCAGCUACAAGUCACUUGCUCAGCUCAAACUGUUCAGGUUGCUGAAGUUGAACCACAGCCACAGCCACAGACUUCACCUGAACUUCUACUUCCAAACUCUCUGAAGCCAGAAGAAGGGCUUGAAGUGUGGAAAAGCUGGGCACAGACCAAGAAUGCAGAGCUGGAAAAAGAAGCCCAAAAUAGGCUAGCACCUAUUGGAAGGCGUCAGCUGCUGAGGUUCCAGGAAGAUCUCAUCUCUUCAGCUGUGGCUGAGCUGAAUUAUGGCCUAUGCUUAAUGACACGAGAAGCUCGAAAUGGUGAUGGUGAACCCUAUGAUCCAGAUGUGCUCUACUAUAUCUUCCUGUGUAUUCAGAAGUAUCUCUUUGAAAAUGGCCGAGUAGAUGACAUCUUCUCAGAUCUCUACUAUAUUCGGUUCACUGAAUGGCUGCAUGAAGUUCUCAAGGACGUACAGCCCCGUGUUUCCCCUCUUGGUUAUGUCCUUUCCAGUCACGUAACAGAAGAGAUGCUGUGGGAGUGUAAGCAGCUAGGAGCUCACUCCCCUUCCACCUUGCUCACUACACUGAUGUUUUUUAAUACAAAAUACUUCCUGUUGAAAACAGUAGACCAGCAUAUGAAGCUGGCCUUCUCCAAGGUGUUGAGGCAGACCAAGAAGAACCCUUCUAAUCCCAAGGAUAAAAGCACGAGUAUCCGCUAUCUGAAGGCUUUUGGCAUACACCAGACAGGACAGAAAGUUACAGAUGACAUGUAUGCAGAGCAGACUGAGAAUCCAGAGAACCCCCUGAGGUGUCCGAUAAAGCUGUAUGACUUCUACCUCUUCAAAUGCCCCCAGAGUGUGAAAGGCCGGAAUGACACGUUUUACUUGACACCGGAGCCAGUGGUGGCCCCCAACAGCCCUAUCUGGUAUUCCAUCCAGCCGAUCAGCAGAGAGCAGAUGGAGCAGAUGCUCACCCGGAUCCUGGUGAUACGAGAGAUUCAGGAAGCUAUUGCCGUGGCUAAUGCCAGCACCAUGCACUAA